CAAACCGUAGAAUUUCGAGUUUGGUCAGUCCACGUUAAGCGCGUCAAUUUGUCGCGAUAAUGACCAAAUUCCCUUAAGCUUCGACGUGUUUGUCCAGCGAAACCACUCGCUCCCCCUCCCGUUUCUUUUCAACGUUGGACGCCACGGCUUUCACGUUGGAGCCGGCCGAGCGACUUCUUUGAAUGUCCCCUCAUUCAGCCUCCAUGGAAUACCUGACGACCAUGGCUCCGCCGGUGCCGCCUCACAAAGCCCAAAGCGGUCGGCCGGGGCAGCCUCACGAGCGGCUGCUCAAGUGCGUCCUGCUCGGGGACGGAGCGGUGGGCAAGACCAGCCUGGUGGUCAGCUACACCACCAACGGAUACCCCACCAAAUACGUGCCCACCGCCUUUGACGACUUUUCCGCUGUGGUUCAGGUGGACGGAAGCCCAGUUCGACUACAGUUGUGUGACACUGCGGGACAGGACGAGUUUGACAAGCUGCGUCACUUCUGCUACAGCCGCACCGACGCCUUGCUGCUCUGCUUCAGCGUGGUCAGCCCGGCAUCCUUCCAGAACGUCUGGGAGAAAUGGGUCCCGGAAAUCGGCCGUCGUUGCCCCCUGACGCCCGUCCUCCUGGUGGGCACGCAGUGUGAUCUGCGGCAGGACGUCAAGGUGCUCAUCGAGCUGGCUCGGCGGAAAGAGAGGCCCGUGGCCGAGGAGGACGCCCGCGCGCUGGCGGACAAGAUCGGCGCCGUCACCUACGUGGAGUGCUCGGCACUCACACAAAAGAAUCUGAAGGAGGUGUUUGAUGCCGCCAUCGCCGUGGGGCUGCGCAAUUUUGAGCGCAGGCUGCGGCGGGAGAGGAAGGUGCGCAGCACGGCCGAUAAGAUGAAGAUGCUCUCCAAGUCGUGGUGGAAGAAGUAUGUGUGUGUUCAGUAGAACACGAUUACUUUCAGUGACAUGGUGGAGUGCCGCUUGGUGAUUAUUAUUAUUAUUAUUUUUUUCUUCCUUCUCCUUUGGGGCUUGGGGGGUUAAAAGAACAACCGCAUGAAUGAGAGCAGCGUCCAACCAAACCACAAACGAUGGCGCUUUCGCCACACAUUGACUGCAUACUAAAAUGUGAACUGGAGUCAGAUGAUCAGCAUAUGAACUGACAACAUAUACUGUAUAUUCAAAUAUAUCGUCUAUGCGUUGUACACUGUAAUUCAACUUGCCAAAAUCAAAACUCGUUUCAUCUUGCAUUCUCAAGAUGAAGAUGUUUGUAAAACCUCCUUUAUUGCUUUACUACCUUCAUAAUUGUUCACUAAUGAAUACCAAAUUGAGAGCAAAUGAAAGCCAAUACUUCCUGCACCUUCCUUCUCAAUCAACUUCACCAACUGAUGGAACUGCAGUUCUCAAGACCCGGGUUCAAAUCUGGCAAUCAGUUCAGGGUGUUCCCCGCCUCCUGUCCCGGAGUGAGCUGGGAUAGGCUCCAGCAUAACCGUGACCCUAGUGAGGAUAAGCAGUGUAGAAAAUGGAUGGAUGCAUGUUUUGAUCAAGAAAGUCAUUUUGCAAAAUUUAGAUUAUUUAUUUUUUUCAAAAAUUGCAGAAAACAAUUAAUCCAGCGAAUUCUCUAUUUUUAUUCAAAAACAUGUACUGAUUUGAUUCAAACAAAAAGUCACAUUUUUUUAUUUAAUUUGUUUAAUCUGUAAAAUAAGAAAGUGGUGGCAAUAUACUGGAAUUGAAAUGUGCAUCUCCAAUUUUUUUUACCUGAAAACCUUGUAUUGAGGUUCUGAUUUUUAGAAAAGUUUUGCAAACAAAAAUUUAGUUGGAGAAAGUUUUGGAUUUUCAUCUGCAAAAUGUAAACAUUUUGCAAGAUUUCCCUUUUUUUAUUAAAACAAUUGGGAGACAUUUUUGUUGAGUUGUUGAUUUUAUCCAAUAAAGACACCCAAAUUUUUAAAAGCUUUUUUUUGUCUGAAUUUUGCAUAUUUUUGUGGAACUAUUUUUUUCCCCCAAAAUUGCAAAAAGUAACAAAUAUUGUAAGUUAAUAAUUUUUAUCAGAAAACAAUACAGAUUGAUAUGUUGAAUCAAAACACGCAGAUCUUUCUCCAAAUAUAUAUAUUUUUAAUUAGCAAUUUGUUUUUCCUAAUAUCUAAAAAAAUGUGUUUUCAAAUUUAAAUACACACAAGAUUUUGAUCCACAAAAUUAAAUAUGAAGAACUUACUAUUUAUUUUUUGGUAACAAAAAAAAAUAAUAAACAUACUUUUAAUUAGAGGGUGAGCAUUAUUAUGUAUUCAACUAAACCGAUUUUUUUUUAAUUUGUUUAAUCCCUUACAAAAAAGAUGCAGCCAUAUACUGCAGGUGAAAGUGUGCCUGUUUCAUUUAAUGACUAACUAAAGUUGGGUGGUGCCACUGUCAAUUGCACUUCAUCACACAUGCAGUUCCAACACUGACUUAAGCAAAUGACAUGCAAUGAAUGGCCUUUGGACCAGUUGUGUUCAGACUCAAGCGUCAGCUAUACAUUCAGUGCUUACCUCCAACUGAAUAGGGUGGUUAAAACAGUCAUGUUGGUGGCCCAGUAUAGAUCGUUAUCUGUCUUCUAGGACAUGUGACUCCUCUGUUAACCACCAAAGAAACUCAUUCUAGAAUUUACUUGUAUGUUUGCUUCUUAUUUUUCAGGAGCUAGUCAUUCAUUCAUUUACGUUCUGACUGUGUUUCUUCAUAUCUGCUCCCUCUGGGCCUACGACUGAUCAUUAACAAAGCAGAUGCAUGAAUGUGCCAUGUUAUGUAUGUUACAUAGUAUAAAUAUAUGUGUUUAUAUAUAUAUAUAUAUAUAUAUAUAUAAAUGUCCUAUAAUAUGAUGUUUGUAAUAUCACCGUGUGUAAGUGGUACUUAACAGAGCGAUUUUGUUGAGCUGUUUCAAUGGAACAAAAUAAAAUGUGAAACAUUUUAAACGCAUCUCUGUUGACACUUACAUGCAAAUUAAUGUGAACAUUACAAAAAAAAAUUGUUGCAGUAUGGUUAAACUACUGUAAUACUGUAAGUUAAAUUUGCAAUGUACUUCUAAUUUUCUGGGUCCCUCCAGAGACAUAAUUGCACUCUGAUCAUCAUAAUUAUUGUAAUAGUUCCAAUGUACUGAAUGUAGACCUUAGACAACACUGCGUGUUCUGUAAUUCAAAUUUACAAUGUAGUGUGUGUAAAACAAAUGGGUGUCUAGGUAAUCAACAGUAAAGUGUAAAAAAUGAGUUGUAAAUUAAAUGAUAAAAAAAAUCACCAUGAGGCUUCAAAAUCGUGAAAAAUCAAGCCCUUGUCUCCGCUCUCGAACGCUGUGGGCUUGCCCACGGAACGUGCUGAAAACACGUCCCGCUCAACUGUCAAUCAAAUGCCAAUAGGUCCAGCUUACGUACAGCCCUGCAUGUUUGUGGCUGAAAUAUAGCCCGGCGAGUCAUCGACAAGAGGCGCUAGCCACCAGCUAGCUUGGGAGCUAACCAGGCCUCCUCACGGCCGUCGGUCGUGCUCGUCCUCAGCAUCACCUCCUCGCUUAGUGUGGUGUUGAGGUGUAACCCUCUUAAGUAAGGUUUUCGGUUCAUCCCACCACAAUCAUCUUGAACUAAGGCACUAGACAAAUUGUUGUCUUAAAAUCCCACCAGUUCUCUUCGCAGAAUGUUUUUAGGAUGUCAAGUCACGUUUGCGUAAUAACUGACAGAUGGAGUGAUUCAAAGGUUGUGGGUUUGAGUCCUCCCAGAGUCGUCUUAUAGUGAAGCUUUCAACAAAAUGCAAAGUAACAAUAGAUGUACAACACUUCUUCCAAGUAAUGCUCCACAGACUGAAUUUCUGACAGAAUCAAUGUAAUAGUUAUAUAAAACAUUGGACCAAAAAAAAAAAAAACGCAAUGAUGUCUUGUUGUGAGUCCAGGGAAGAGAGCCAUUAGGCAAUCAGGAGGCAGCUUAGCAUGUCUAACAACUAGUUGCAAGUUGAACCAAUAUCCUCCUGUUUCAAAGCCUGAGUCUUUACAAACGGUUCAAGUAACUUUCAGGAAUUGAAUAGUUGAAGUGAUUCCAAAGUUGCAUGUUCCAAUUGAAGAAAAAUGUCCCUUUAGGGUGUUUGCAGAGAGUUUUAUACAACAGAGCCUAAAGUGCCUGGGCAAAAGGUACUCAGGUUAAUAUGAUUUUUAAACCACAAUCUUUGAUUUGUUAACAAUAUAGAAAUUUGACACAAUAUCCGUUGCACCACAGAGGGACAUGUAAAAUCCAGUUCAACUGCUUGGAAGGAAUCUAUGAUAACCAGUCUACCAGCAAGUGAAAAGAAACUUCUAGGUCAUAAACAGUUGAAGUGAACAUAGAGGUGUAGAAUGACAAAGACCAGGAUAUUUGUAGAGGUCCAGCGCAAGUUUACAUUCCAGAUAACAGUCCUGACCGACCGGGCAGAACCACCGAAGGUGUCUACCCUGCGGCGCCUUUUUCUUUUUAAAUUGACUCUUAUGCCAUCUUAAUGAACCUUGUACAACAUCUUGCCAUCAUAAUCAACAUUGUACAGUACCAGACUAUGUAAUAAAUGUUUCCCACUCGA